AUGGCGAUCCGCGUGGCCAAGGACGAAAAUCAGUCGCGUGUUCCCCACAUUGCGUCCAGCGUGGGCCGGAUGUUUUUGUGUAUUGCACAACUCAGACCGCAUGCCAACAGGCCACCGCAAAGCUUACAGACAAGCCAAGCCUCACUCAUUUGCUCCCCACCUUGCUACCCUGCUCCGUUCAAAUACCCCACUGCAGCCACCGGCUUUGCCACCCCGAUCGUCGCGGACGAGACUUGUCCUGAACAUCGAGCUUUUGAACGAUCAUCGUGGGCCCUGCCUAUUCUCAUCGCCAUGGAGUCUCUCUCGGCACGCAGGAUCCCUGACACGGUCUUGGCCGACUUCAGAGCGUCGGCCAUGAUGGCUGGAGUUGGCCCACUGAAUCCAAAGGACCAGCAACGCCCUUUGGACGGCAGAGUUUCCCAAAAGGCAUGCAUGGACCGCAUGCGAGCUCGAAUAGACCAAGCAUCAACCAAGUCCAGGUGGCGGCAACAAGAUACCUCGCUGUCCUCCACCUCGUCGUCCUCGUCAGCUUUUCGACGCCAAGCUGUGAAUCUCCAACGACAGUCAACGCAGCAGCAGCCAUCAUCCUCCUCCGACGCAGCAAAGCGCCCGGCCACUUUGUCUUACCAACACCAUGCCCACCAACAGAGCCUCGAUUCAUCUGGGACGGUCAUCGCCAUAGACGAUGACGCGGACCCGCUCGUGCACGAGGACGACGGCGCGUCCGCCGAUUCAUACGCAUACCAGCGCCUGCUUCCCUCGUCGGCGAAUGGGCCUGUCCACCAGCAGGUAGAAGGUGCUUUCGCGCUGUCCGAUCAGCUGGUGAUGGAAUACCUGCGCUCGCCACCAGAUGGCAGCGGCAGGCAACCCCGAUCCAAUAUUCGCGUUAGUGGGAGCUCGCAGUCUGCGAUAGGAGCCACGUAUGGCGACCACACGCAACAGCAGCAGCCUCGGCAGCACAACGUCGACGCAAGAACACAUGGAAUCACUGCCGGCACAGAGCACAGUCUACUGGGUCAGCAACAGCAGCAAGGCGCCGACGCUGGCGGCCACGAGGAAAGCGCCAUGCCGGACCACGACGAGAUGAUGGGCUUCGGUGCGGCCAUGGAGGAGUGGGCCGCGCAGAACCUGAUGCAGGUGCGAAGUAGCGGCGACAGCAGCGGUAGCGGUGGUAGCGGCGACGGCAGACUCACGGGUAGCGGGAUCUCAUCGUCGCUGUCAUCCGGCGUGGAUCUGCUUCUAGACCCCUCGUCAACCACUUCCAGCAGCUUACGCGACGCUGGGUCGGGAUCGUUGGGUAUGGCGAUGGACCUCUCGUCUUCCGACGAGGAGCAUCCCACAUCAUCGCGAGGCCAGCAGAACGCUGGUGUCCGCAACAACAGCAGCGGCAAUAAUGAUCGGGACGGUCGCAAACGUGCUUUUAGCGACGCCCUCGAAGUCAUCCUCGAGUGCGCUCAGGCCACAGGUUUCAAGAGCUUCGACUCGAUGGUGCUGGCAUACUACAGUCAGAAGUUUGAGGAGACGGCCGCGAGGACAGCGGCCGUCAAUGCUGCUACUGCUACUGUCACGGGUGGGCCUUCUCUCGCCUCAACAACGGCAGCAGCAGCAGUUUCGAUGGAGAAGGCCGCUGCCCUGGCCAACGAGCAGCGCCUCAGUCGCAAUCGGGGCCUUGGCAGGCUGGUUGGGAGUGUCUUUGAGUCUUCGAGGACAAAGGGUUGGAGCGAGUGGGAGCGGUACGGCUUCUAUGAGGAGAUGCUCAACACAACGGAGCUCAUGCUCGUGGCCGAGGGUGAGCAGGCGAGGGAGACGCUGAGAGCCGCGCUUGGCGCUCUGCUGUCGUCAGCACAGGAUCAGCAGCAUAACGCCACGUCCUCAUCCUCAUCGGUGCCGCUAGACCGUACACACACGAACAAGAUGAAACAAAUGAUUCAACAUGAGGUCAGUUGUGUUCCCUUUUCCUCUUGA